AUGAUAGGAUUACCCGAUCUUUUCCCAAAAGCUCCGCCUAGAAAGACGACGAACGGAGUUAAUCCCAGAAGUGGACUUUCAAUUAUUCGUGAUACACUUCUGGCAAAAGAACAUAACGACUGGGGGCACUGUUUACCUGUGACAUGUAAAACAAUUUUUGAGAACAUCGAUAAAUUAGAAAAGUUUGAUCUAAUCAUUACACCUGGUAGUGAGAGUAUGUGGCAUAGAGGCCGAUUUGUAUUCACUGUCGAAGUACCAAUAACAUAUAAUAUGAUGCCGCCAAAAGUAACGUGUCGAACAAAAAUUUGGCAUCCAAAUAUUAAUGAAGACGGUCAGAUAUGUCUUAGUAUAUUACGGGAAGCAUCUGUUGAUGGUAAAGUGGGUUGGUUACCAACAAGAACGUUGAAAGAUGUUAUAUUUGGAUUGGAUCAAUUAUUUACUGAUUUGGUUGAUUUUGAUGAUGCUCUCAAUAUGGAAGCAGCUAAUCAAUACAAACAAAAUCCAGAAGUAUUCAAGCAAAAAGUCGCAAGUUACAUUGAUAAAUAUUGUCAAAUAGAGCCUAUUAAAGUCAAAUCCAAGCGAUAA